AUGGAGGAUGUGGAAACCCUCUUCAGGAUUCCAAAGACCCCUGUGUUUAUAGACUUCCCAUUCUGGGAAAUCCCAAUUCCCACAACAAUGGUCGAGGACCUGAAGGAUCUAGAUUUUGUGACCGAGGGAAGCCUCGAGAAUGAGGCGCUUUCUAGAGUUAGGAUCAACAUCAUCCUACAAGCCGUUCUAAGAGAACAGAGGCUUGUCGCCCCCCCCCUCAAGCCAGAACUAUGCACCUGGGUUUCGAGACUCCAAUGA